AUGCUAGGUUUAUCACCGAUGAGUGCACCACCGGAAACUCUACUUGUCUUUUCUUGUGGUAUUGGUCAAGGAGCACUUGAUGAAACGCAAAAUGGCCAAAAUAGUAUCUUUACUGAGAAGUUAUUAAAACAUAUCGCAACGCCUGACGAAGAUAUUGAGUCAUUGCUCAUGAAAGUUACCCGCGACGUUCGAGAUGCAACAGGUGGUUAUCAAAUACCAUAUCGUCAAACCUGUCUUACGGAGAAAAUCUUCUUGACAAAAAAUCUGUCACCCGUACCACUACGUGCAAGUUCCACUGCUAUUUCUCCAAAUGCAAAAUGGACACAGAAUGGUAUCACUGUUGCUGGAGGAAAUGAAUGGGGCAGUGAAACCAAUAAACUCCAUGAGCCAUAUGGUUUGUACGUCGACGAUGAUCAAACGAUUUAUGUCGCUGAUGAGUGGAAUCAUCGUAUUGUGGAAUGGAAAUCUGGUGCAACGAAUGGAAAAGUAGUUGCUGGUGGAAAUGGAUCUCGUCAAUUAUAUAACCCACUAGAUGUGAUUGUCGAUAAAGAGAGCGAUAGUCUCAUCAUCAGCGAUUGCGGGCAUAACAGAGUAGUUCGAUGGCCUCGUCGAAAUGGUACUCGUGGAGAAACUAUUAUUUCGAAUAUCGCUUGCUUCGGUUUGACAAUGGACGACAAUGGUUCUCUCUAUGUCGUUGACUAUGAAAAACAUGAAGUGAGACGAUAUAAAAUUGGUGACACUAAAGGAACACUGGUUGCAGGUGGCAAUGGACAAGGAAGUCGUCUCGAUCAACUCUCUGGUCCCUCCUACGUAUUUGUCGAUCGAGAUCAUUCAGUUUAUGUGUCUGAUUUGGGAAAUGAUCGUGUAAUGAAAUGGGAAGAAGGUGCAAAACAAGGUAUUGUCGUAGCCGAUGGUCAAGAAGAAGGAAAUAGUCUUUCACAAUUAAAUUGUCCUCAAGGAGUCGUUGUCGAUCAAUUGGGUACUGUCUAUGUGACUGAUUCUUGGAAUCAUCGAAUCAUGCGUUGGCCAAAAGGAGCCACACAGGGAAGUGUCAUUGUUGGUGGACUGUUGAAUCAACUCCAAUAUCCCGUUGGUUUAUCAUUUGAUCGACAUGGCAAUCUCUAUGUCGUCGAUUACGGAAAUCAUCGAGUACAAAAAUUUAAUAUCGUAUCAAACUCAAUAUGA